AAGAUGUAAACAAACCUGAAGCUGAACCUGCAAAUGAAAAGCAAAAUUCUUGGAUCACUUCAUUGAUGAUUUUCUGUAUCAAAUGCUGCGCUGGACUCAAGAACCUGCACAGUGUGACCUUUCUGACCAGGCCAGCAUAGUAAAGCUGUGGUGACAUUCUGCAGCUCAAUGAAAGACCUGCAGGCUAUUUUUUUACAUCUGGGACAGAUGACUUUGGUGGUCAAAGAUACGCUGCUUUGGGCUUCAUGAUGCGCGGAGCUGGAAUGUUUGGAGCGGCUCCAUGUCAUCAGCGAGACUGCGCUGUGCGCGCACUGCACCAGCUCGUGUCUUGAGGGACAGAGGACAGAUCCUGGGUGGGGAAGGGGGGUUGGUGGGGGGGCUCAUCCAUCUCUGUCGCUUCUUGUCUGUCGGAAACUCAAUGUAAAGAACUAUCAGCGGCCACUUCAGCCAUGGACACGGAGCAGAGCUGCGUGGAGACACCGGCGACUCUCCAGGCGGUGAAGUAUGUGCUCCAAAAACCGGCGCACGGACACGAUGAUGCACCGGAGAAGACGGAGGAAAGCAAAUACGCCGAUUUGGAGUUGGGGUAUGUGAGGACAGGCGGGACAGGAGCGGGGAAAGACUGUCGCUUUGGCCCAAGAAACCAAAUGUCUGUCCUUACUGACAAGAGCAGCGCAAGAGCUCCGUGCGCAACGGCACCAAACCGUGACUUGGCGAUAAAAAGGGAAAUUGAAACUAUAAAUAAGGAUGAUUCUGAUGUUGGGAAACGCACGGGGGCUGUGCUGGAGGGUCCCAUUGAUCCUUUGUCGUCAUCAAUUCAUCAUCAUCUUCACGCAAAGUCAGAGGAGGAGGACAAACGCGCGCGCGCCAUGACGCAGCCAGGUAAACCUGGAAGCGAUAAAAACCAGAAAACGCCAGAAGGAGAAGAAGAAUUACACUGUGGGGACUUUUAUCUGAGCUGGAGGAGCGAGUCUGAUGAUUUUGAGGAGGAGGGUGACGAUGUCACCGUGGUGCUUUCUGAUGACAGCGUCCCGUGCGCAACAGAGGACGAGUCCCAUUACAUUACGACGCACGAGAUCCAGCUGUGUGAGCUCUCCGACCACGAGGGGGACUACGACCCCGGGGUGGGCUCCUCCACCAGCUGGGAGGAUGACAAUCAGGUGUACACGUUUGUCGAUUACGCGGCUCUGGACAGGGAUGGAGCGAUGGGGGAGAGCAGCGGGGACGGCGGCCGUGAAGGCGCAGCAACAGUCAGCACUCUGCUGGAAAGUGAUCUGUGCGAUGCGGCCAAGAUCUCCAGUUCAGAUGAGAGUGUGUCAAAGAUCCAGCAGCAGCAGAGCAGCGGCUCCGGCGCGAGACAGAUCCACCUGUCAAUCACAGCCACUUCUCGAGCUAUAAAUGACCCUGGCAACGUCCAAGAAGAGGGAAAUAUUCUUUAUCAUGCCAGGCGCUCCGGGGACAUGAGUCGUUAUGUGUUGAAGGGGGUUGAUGCGAAGGCUGAGACGCUGUGUGACAAGGCAAAGUGUUUCAUAGCUCUGCCCGGACGCGUUCACUUUGGCGGCAAAUUGAGGGGGAAAGAGGUCACCGGGUAUUCCAGCGGUGCGUCCAGCGCCGUGAGUGAGCUGGACGACGCUGACAAGGAGGUGCGCAACCUGACAGCCAAAGCCUUCAAGAGUCUGGCUUAUCCUUACUUUAACGCCUUCGGUUUCAGCACCUCCAGUGAGUCCUCAGCAUCAGACCGUGGCAUCAACAGGUGGUCCACGUUUGUCGACCUGAAGUAUGGCAACAUGAAUGUGCCGCAUCAGGGCCUGGACCAAAGUGUUGUCUCCCGCCAGAACUCGUUUGAAAUAGCCAAGAACUUAGAGAAUAUAGGUUAUAAGGGCAUCGCGCUGGCAAACAUCAAACCGCCCACCAGCAAAAUAUUCACUCUGCGUGGGGAUCCCCACAGCGCGUCAUCAUCCACCAAGAAAAUAGAGCUGAUGGGGAAAUUCAACCAGGGCCACAGUGGAGUGAUUACACUCACAGAGACGCUGAAUUUUCGGUGCAAUGUCAACUCGGGAAUGCCCGGCGGUGAAAGACGCACGGACUUUGCACAAAACGCUGCAGGAUCACGUUCCACGGAUGAAGUUACCGACAGUUUUCCAAGCGCGCAGAGGAGAGAGGCCAGCAAGCCGCCGUCUAAAACCAUGGAAGGCACUCACAAGAAAGCCAUCUUCGCCUCGAGCCUCAUUAAAAAUGUGAUUUCUAAGAAGAUGCAGUUCGAGCAGGAGCGCAAGAUGGAGAGAGGGGAGAUAAGUGAGCCGCUCCACGCGCCUUCUCCGUGCUUUGUGCACCAUGAGAGCGACGGUGUCCACAGGGGAAAAGGGAGCAGGGAGCUGCACACACAGAGCUCCAGGUUGUCAGAGAGCAGCUCCGACUUUACCAUAAUGUGCUUGGAUGAAUUAGGGGACAUCGUGGACAGCGGCUCGUGUGAUACGAAGAGCGACUCUCGCAGACACGACGCACCAGAAACUAAUUUGGAGCCGCCGGCGAACGAGGUUGGAAUUGACACUAAAAAAGGCGCAUUGGACGCGUCUAAAAACACGCUCCUCCGCAGCCAGAAUAGCGCGUUCAGAUGCUGGAAGGACGAGGAGCUAGAGUUUCAGAAGGAUCGUAAAAACGAUCAAACUCAGGAGGAGAAGCCGCCGUCAGUUGACAACAAAGCUGGCGAGGGGGACCAGAGCUCCGCGGAGAGUGGCAAAGCCACCAAAAUGUCUCAUUUGUUUGUGCCAAGUAUCCAGCUGCUGCAAAGUGACGGAGAAGCCGGAGAGCAGCUGCAGAGCAGAGAUGACUCUCCGUGCGAGGGUGAUGAAGACACCAAGCUGCGCUCUGACAACACUCUAUGCGUCGCAGACUCCAGGAGAACUACAUCCAAAUCUCCCGAAAUUAAAAUCAACUUAAGGAGCGUCAGGGACAACAAAGCGGAGCCUUUCAGCGUCUCCAAGCUGCGCGCUCCGAAUAUAGGCUGUAACGCAGCGAGCCUCGCCAGAACAGACGAGUUAAAAAGCCAAGUGCUGGCUGCAGCUCUGAAGGGUGAGUCCUCUGACAAAGUGCCACAUUUCAUGGUUAGAGACAUUAGAGAUAAUAAAGGCAAACUGCAAACACCCAUUCACCAAGUGAGGGACGUGCGUAAACUGGUUAAAAGCUCCUAUCACUUUGUUUCUCUGGAUAACAACGAGAACAAAUCAAACUUAGCCUCAGUGGAGAGUCACGCAGAGCAGAAGAAGCAAAUGCCACAUCGGAAUCUCAAUUCUGUGUCACCUAUUGUGAUUAAAUGUCAGUCUGUGAAUACAAAUAGCAACAUCAAGCAAUGUGAGAGUUUUGAUUUAUCCAAACAAGAAACACUGGAGGUAGACAGAUCAUCUCCAGAGGGCGCCAAAAGCAUUCCACUGCAGUGGGCAGCAGGGAGAGCAGCCAUUAAUAAUUCCUCAGAGGGAGGCGUUGGUUCAAAAACUGAGAGCAGAUUAGGUUCAAAGAAACUGGAAAAAAUAUCAGACAUAAUAGAGAAGAAGCCUGAAUCAAAAAUGGCAAAUCAGGUGGCUUUGGAGAAACUCCAGGCGGCUGUGAAGACCAUGGAGCAGCUCUAUGUGUUUGAUAAGAAUGAGUGGAAAAGGAAAAACAAGCCUCUGCUUCUAACAGACAGCCACGUGCUUCCACUGUUAGCCGGAGAGGAUCAUGGGCAACCUGAGGAGGAUGGAGCCAGAGGGUUCAUCAUGGACAAGAUAGUCAGAAGAGACUCAUGUCCCAGCACAACAGACAAGUUGCCACCAUCAACAUCAUCAGUGGCCGCAGCGGUGGGAGCAGCAGCGGGAGCACUGGUCUGUGGUGAGAACCUGCCAAAGCGGGACGACAAAGACCUUUUUAAGGACCUUCCGACGUCCAGCAGCUUUGACGACAGGCUCUUUGCUAAGACAGUGCAAACCACUGGCAGUAAAACCACUGGCAGUAAAAACAUGUUCAGCCUCAGCUCAAGCUUCAAGGCUUCCACAUCCGCGAAGGUGACUCAGCCAAACAACGUCACACAAACACCUUUCAGUGACAAAUACUUUGUCCCAAAAUCCCCCAAACGGCCCACAUCCUUAAAAGUCAGCCAGCCGAGGUAUAGCCGAAAUGAAGGCCCCGAAUGGAAGGAGGUGGACAGAUCUUCACAGGACAAUGAGAACUACCUAACCAUUCCGCUCAAAUCCCAAGCCAGCAGCAGUAGACAGCCCGCACCUGCAGAUAAUACAUCAUUGUUUACAUCCACCACUCACUCGCAGCAUACCACUCCUCCUGGAUACUUGAGAUCUGGUACCAGGGGCCUGGAAGACCACAGUCAGACACCAAAGCACUCCAGCAUUGUGAUGGGGACGUGUACUCCAGAAAUCCCUCCUGCUACCAUCUACCACUCCUUGCCAUUGGGCAUGUCCACUAAUCAGCCACAAAUGUACUGCUUCUCCCCGGCAAUCACCCCUGCUCCCACCAUAGACCCCUUCCAGGCCACGCAGAGGAAGAUGCUCCUGGAUCCCACCACUGGGAACUACUACCUGGUGGACACUCCGGUGCAGCCGGCCAGCAAGCGUCUCUUCGACCCAGAAACAGGGCAGUAUGUAGAUGUGCCCAUGCCACAGCCUCCCAUGACCCCUCUGCCCAUGCCCAUCUCACCUUUGGCCCUCAGUCCUGGAGCAUACGGACAUACUUAUAUGAUCUACCCAGGAUUUAUGCCCACACCUUCAGUAAUCCCGGCCCGGACACUGGUGCAGUCACAGAUGUCGAUGCAUUCAGAGGUGGAGAAGGCGUCGUCGCAGCAGACUGAGGGCAUGUACAUGGAGAGCCCCUUCUACAUGGCCACAGGGAAGUCUCCCCACGUAGCUUCUGGUGUUCAACAGCAGGCCACCACCAACAGGCCAGUGCAGGGCUUCAACCAGCCGGUAAUCAGCGUCAUGUCCCAGCAGGGGCCACGGAUAAUUGCCCCGCCUUCCUUUGAUGGGACCACCAUGAGCUUUGUGGUGGAACACAGAUGAACAGCUGCUCAGGCCUAAACUCUGGAUGGAAGCUGGAUUCUUCUCCUGUCUCUUAUUUACAUCCUGCUUCACUUGUUUCUAUUUGUACAUAAUGUUUAUAAGGUUUCUUCAGUGUUUUAUUUUAUGUAGUCACUUCACAGAAAUGCGAUAUAAAGGGACAAUUCAGGAAUGUUGUAUGAAGUACUAACAAAUAGUCAGCGCUGACUGCUAUUCUAUGAAAAGUCUAUGACAUGUUUGCCACCUGUUCUCACUAUAAGACAGACUUUUCUGGCUGGAAACUGAAGUUUGUGUUGCUUUGUGGACCGAUUACUCACC